AUGGCCUCAGAAAAUCCCGGGCAGACAGAGGACAUGGCACAGACAGCCUAUAGCCUGGCGAAAGAGCGCGAUUUCUACAGAUAUCUACCUCGCGACAAAGCUGCAUACCCGUUCGCUCCAUUUGAUGAGGCUAGCCAAAGGACCUCCGUUGUGAUCCCUUCGCGCGAUUAUGUAUUGACAUCCCUUGCUCAACUUGGUGCUGUGAAACUACGUGCCGAACGGGCAAUCAUCUCUCUUUUCGGGCCCACCCAUCAGUAUAUCCUCGCCGAGGCGACCAGUGCCGGUCCCCUGGGCCCAGAUCAAGAUAGUGACUUGCGGUUGGGCUGCUGCAUUAUGCCUAGGGAAACUGGCAUCUGCAUGGAUAUUGCAAACCUACCGCUAGCGAAUCCUUCAAAGAAUGAUGACUCUGCCAUUAUUGCGGACGGCUGCGCGUUGGUCAUGUCAGACAUGAAAGAAAGAAAUGAGGAGGAAGUGCAUAAGAAAUACAGUCUUGUAAAUAAGAUUUUGAACGCAAGAUUCUGCGCCGGGGUUCCGAUUAUUGGACCCAGAGGAAACACAAUCGGGUCCUACUGUGUCUUCGAUACCCAUCCCCGACAGUCUGGAGUCGACGAAGCGUCAAUAAUCUUCAUGAAACAGAUGGCGACGGCUAUCAUGGAUUAUUUGGACACGUUGCAUAUGAGAUACCAGAAUACGCAGGCCAAGCAGAUGAUUUUUGCCCUGGGGAGUUUUAUUGGGGGUAGGACCACGCUCCGCGAUUCAUGGCUAGAGUCCCAUGACCAGGAUGUUGUGACUGAGAAGUCGGGGAGCACUGUUGAGGGGCAGUUGAAUAAAGAGCAGCAGGAUUUGCAGGAAACGCAAUCUCAGCUGCCGCUGCGACUGCGCCCGCAUGAUGAUUCCUCUUUUCCGUGCGAGGUUGAGAAACUACCGGCACAACCAGAACUGGAUGUAAAACCUCCUGACUCGGCGUCCACCCCUGUUGACGGCAGGCAGCUGGCAGAAUGUAAUAAGCAGGAGAGCACGAAACGAUCAUCUGAAAGCUUGCUUUCCCAGAACGAAAUGCCAGACGACAGCCCACCGGCCGCCUUUGAAAGGGUAUUCGCCCGAGCCGCAAACUUGAUCCGCGAGUCUGUCGAAGUAGAAGGUGUUAUCUUUAUCAAUGCCAGGAUCGAAUCCUUUGGUGGGCUCGUUGGAUACGAAUACCGAGGUGAGACAGCAGGCAGUGAAGACAGCACCGACUCAGGAAGCACCGGAGGAAGCGUCUCGAGCGCUGCACCCGUUCCUGGUGCUAAUUCUCCGGAAGGCGACGCUGUCUGUCAGACCCUGGGCUGUUCGACAUCGGAAUUCUCCACCAUCAACAAUGACAUGAAGUCUAAUGCAAAGCCAGGCCAUGAAUAUGUAGUCCGAGAGUCUGUGUUGAAGGCCAUGUUGAAUCGCUACCCUCACGGCAAGAUCUUUAACUACAACCAGGAUGGGUCGUUAUCCGAUGACAGCAGCAGCAGUGGAACUGCCUCCAGCAGCUCGACAAAAGGAGUGAGGUUUAAAAACAUGACAAGACGGAUGCAAAACCACAGACAAGACGCCGAUUACCUGCAAGGAGUCCUUGGUAGUGCCCGAAGCAUUAUUUUCUUGCCUCUAUGGGAUUCGCACAAGGCAAGAUGGCUUGCUGGCUUGCUGGUAUGGACCAAUACACCUGAACGCAUAUUUACAGUAGAGAACGAACUUGCAUACCUUCAUGCCUUUGGUAAUAGUAUCAUGGCUGAGGUUCACCGACUGGAUAUAGAGAUUGCGGACAAGGCUAAGCAUAAUCUAGUCACAAGUAUCUCACAUGAGCUGAGAAGUCCACUGCAUGGCCUUCUCGGCACCGCAGAUAUAUUAAGUGACACAGCCAUGAAUGCGCUUCAACAGGGAAUGAUCCAAACAAUAGAGUCUUGUGGGCGUACCCUUCUUGAUACUAUUAAUCAUCUGCUCGACUUCACUUAUAUUAAUAAGAUCUCGAAAGACUAUAAGCUGAAGUAUACACAUGGUCGCCCUGCCGAGCAGCCCACCAGACCAAGCCAAGAACAAACAGACUUUGACCGUUACCCCCUGGGUAGUAGUGAGAGUUUAUAUGAGGAGGUUCAGCUGGAUGUCGUCCUGGAGGAGGUUGUGGAGUGUGUGUUUGCCGGCUAUACCUUCUAUCAUCAACACCGAGCGCCGGAACGGCCAUUGAGCAGUACAGGGGGCUCAAGAACAGCUAUCCUUUCAUUAAAGCAACCAACGAUCAUCUUCGACAUCCAACAGGCUGCUGGAUGGAAAUUCUUUAACUCAGGCUGGUUGCUGGCGCCGUAUUUUGAUGAACGUCUUCAGCAAUGCCCUUAA